UUUAUAUUUACAGAAUUGUAAAUAAUUUGGGUACCUACUAUAUUACGUAGAUUAUUGUUUCUUAUUGAUAAAUUAAACCUGUUAUUGAUUUUUACAGAAAGGCUUAAUGGGUUGUAUAAAAAUUUAUAACAACCAUACACAUAGUAUCAACACAGCAGAAAGCCUUAGAUAUUUACCAGCUAAUAAUGAUGUAAAAAACUUAUUUUAUGAGUAUUUUGACAAUGGUAUGGGCAUAGCUGAAGCUCGAAAAUAUCACGAGCAGUUGUUAGAGUUGAAAGAAGAUUUUAAACUAGAAACAUUAGCUAAUGGUAGCAUAAAUCCAUGUUACCGUACUAUUCGUCAUUGGCAUGACAUUUGGAGAAAUUUAAACUUGGGUCCACGUACUGGUGAUGGAUUAAUUGAGAAAAUCAAAGAAAAACAGAAGGUAUAUGAAGAAAGUGGAACUAUAGUUCUAUUUAAAGAAAACCCAUUUGCUAUAAUUAUAAUUACGCCAAUCAUGAAAAGAGCUCACCGGUUAAAUUUUGCAAAAGAAAUUAUAUUUGUUGAUAGCAUCAGUGCAUGUGAUCCAUUAAAUCAUGCCAUAACUUUUAUAAUGUGUCCAAGUGCAGCUGGGGCUAUACCUUUGGCAAUAAUAGUUACCAAAGGUCAAACUUAUGAAUCAUAUUGUCAAGGAUUUUCAUUAUUAAAAGAUUUUUUUUUUAAGGUGCUCAAAGGAUAAAUAUUUUAACCGUUAUUAAUUUAA